AUGUAUAUGCCAGCCAAGGCCGUGGCCAUUGCCUUGGUUACGCUCCAGCAGCUUAAGGCCAUGAUUCUCGCAGAUACCAACCGCGACGGUAUCGUGGAUGACGGCGACGCCACGGACAGAGCAUUCUGGACCCCUUCUCGCGGCGCGAUCUUUCUACCAAACGUCGGCGACUCCCUUCAACGCUGUCCUAAUCAGGAUCUUCAGGGUAACCCUCUCAGUAAUCACGAGCUAGCAUCUUGCCACGAUGCUUCUGGUCACCUACUACUUGAGCCAAGCCUAGUUGCCCCCCUGAAGACGAUCCCAUUAGAAGUUUCAAACGACACCAUUGCCCACAUCUACGCCAGUCCUGACGCGGCAUCUGAAAGGGUUCGUCUCUUUUACAUGAACGGUUCGUCCGCCAACCCCACUGAGAGUGCUUCUUGGAUCUUUGUGGAUCCUGAGUUAACCUUCAACGCAAGCCAUGUCCAAGCCGGUAUCACUCUCGGAAGUGACGGGCGUGAGUUUGUGAAGGAUUCGGCAAAAUGGGAUGGCAAAGUGAGGGUGCAUUUUGAUGUUCACACCAACGGUACUGUCAUGUCCGACGCCGUUGAGCUCAAGGUGGCUCCAGUUCUUACCCAUCACCAUCUCCAACGUGUCAGCGCCUUUGUCAGCACCGCGGCAAAUGAGACCGAUCCUGUACAGCUCGGUUUCAUCGGCCAACUUGAUGAAGUAAGGAAGGCAGCAGGAAUACAGGAGCCUCUGUAUCUGUUCAACCAGAGUGAUGAUAAUUGGGCAUAG